AUGGCUCUCUGUGGAUCCAGGGUGGGCUCUGAUUCUCUAUGUUUGCAGGAUGAUGCAAUGUUUGUAGAGCGCCUCUGCCUUCUGAUCCAGUCACUCGUUUCUCGGCUACAUCAGCGUGGAGAUUGCCAGCCAUUUCUUCUGGCUUCCCAACUGUGGCAACUGGCCAACGGAAUAACGCAUAUUGCAGAGCAAUAUGCUCGCGACCACAUUUCUUAUUCUUUGUCAGACACUGACUAUGCAGGUGAAGUUCGGAUUUCCGACUGUUUCUCCACACCCUCGUCCGAUGACAUGACGUGUGUGCCGUCAGAUGUAAUGCCACCUCCAUUCGUUCCCACGGUGGAUUGCUAUGAACUUGGAAAUGCUGCUUCUCGCGACCCGCCAGCAGCCGUGAAGACCGUUGGUGACGAAGGUGCAGAGUGCGACGAGACACCAACAGCACAAAGCGGAAACACCAGUGAUAGCGCUGCCACCCAAGACGACCAUGCUCCCGAGCAGCUUGAAGACAAAUACUCACCAGAUGCACCACCUAGAGUGCCUAGCAGCAACUGUGUCCCAGUUGCACUGCAUUCACGCCCAGAUUCAGUGCUGACGAGCAAGAUGGCGCACAAUAGCACGGAAAUGACUGCUUCCGGUGGCCUGUCGGCCCUUCCCAGCAAGCUGAAAAGAAACUCUGACUCCAAGGCCGAUGGUAAGAGCUCACGGCCUAGAAAAAGGCGGCCCAAAGUUUCGGCCAAGGCAGACCAGCCUACCGAAAUGCUUGAGCUCUGUACGGUACUCGCACCUAUCCCACACAAGAUCUUCGAGCCGGACGAGGUCUACCGCGUCUUGGUUCGGCGAAUUGAAGCGAAGCAUCAUCAAAAAGUGCCAUUGUUGGUCCGACUGUUUUUUGCGGUCGCGAGUCCCCUGGCCUUCAAGCAGCUAGCCGAGGCCUGCGAGGCUGCUCGCGAGCGCCAUGACCUGAUAGCGCCAUGUUCUGCAGAUGAUGCAAUGCUGAUGAAAGCGCUAGAUGCGUUAGAUUCCGGGACCACGAUCCGUGCGAUUCUCCGUCGAUUCUUCCUGGUCCAGCUGCUGGGUCGCCGACUUGAAUGCGAGAAGGAGUAUAAAGGUCGACGGUCGGCUAGGGUAGCGGCUCAGCAGAGCCUCGGGGGAUCGACCAGAGCCGACUCCAGCGCCUUCCGGGAUCUGCUAACGAUGUUCUAUCCCCACCUCAAAGUGCCAGACAGGAGAAAUCCGUCGGCGGACGAUAGUGAGUAUCUUGAAAAGCACACGAGGCUGAAGAAUCGGCUCAACUCUGCACGGAAUUGGUACCUGCUACAGGAGAAGUUUAAAUCGGGAAUUCUUGCUCUUGUUCCAUGUGGUGAAUUGCGUAUCGGGACCGACAAGUUUGAAAAAUUGCCAAGCGAGUUAUUCACAAUCUUUUUAGAUGUUCUGUAUGAAUACAGGGGCGCCUUCCUCCAAGAGGUCGGUCAUCUGAUGUCCCAGAAUAUCGAGGAUAUCCUAUACGGACACGACAUUGGGGUCAAAUAUGAGUUUGAACAUGUGGACAGGACAUCUCUCCUGCAAGAGUCAAUGGACUCACAUCGCAUCAUUGGCUUUUGCCAACCAGUUAAUUUGAAGGCCAAUGAGGUACCUAUGUGA